AUGCCUUCCACCAAGCCCACCUCUUCCCAGAAGCCCGGUUACCCUCUCAGCUGCACUGUCAUGGCUAAGCCCACCGCCGCUGACCAGAAGCCUGGUUACCCUCUCAGCUGCAGCGUCAUGAAGCAGCCCGCUCAGAAGCCCGGCUACCCCCUCAGCUGCACUGUCAUGUAA